AUGGAUCCAUACGACAGCGACUCGUCCGGCCUCGAGGAUGCGGGGGACUACACUGAGACCGGAGUAUUACUGGGCUACGCCUCGACAGAACCAACAGACGACACAAUCAGCCAUCUUGGCGGGUGGCCGACAUGGCUAGAUGAGAGCACCCCUCCUCCUGGCGACCUGGCAAAAUGCAAGGUCUGCAAUGACCCGAUGCUCCUGCUCCUCCAAUUGAACGGCGAUCUCCCCGAACAUUUCCCCGAGGAAGAAAGACGUCUAUACAUUUUUGGCUGUCCGAAGAAGACCUGCAAUCGCAAACCAGGCAGCGUGAGGGCUCUGCGGGGUAUUAAGAGGUUCAAAGUCCAGUCCUCAAAACAAACGCCAGCGAACAACUCGCAAACCGAAUCUUCCAAGACGACAACAACAGAGAAACCAGAUUUAGGUUCUGCUUUAUUUGGUACUGGCUCGUCGGUCCUGACGUCGAACGUGAAUCCAUUUUCGACCUCCUCCUCGUCUCAAUCACAAAACAACCCGUUCGCACCACUGCCUUCGGCUUCAACACUCGCCGCGAAACCACCGCAAAACCCAGCAGUCAACAGCUUAUCCGAAACAUUUGCUUCAAAAUUGCGAGUCUCCGACCCGGCACCAGAGCCAAAAGUUGCUGCUGGGCCCGUUCUGCCAUGGCCAGCGCAGUCGGAUUUCCUUACCCCUUAUACGGAGUACCAUCUCGACGCUGAAUAUGAAACUCUCUCGCGCCCAUCAUCACCCACCAUACCAGCCAACACUACCAUAGAAAACAUAGAAACAGAAGAUUCGUCAAAGGGAGGAGGGGCGUCCGAUAGCAAGGAUACCAAUACCUUUGAGUCUUCAGUAGACAAAUCAUUCCUCCGCUUCUCGACCAGACUAGGCCACAACCCAGAGCAAGUGCUUCGAUAUGAAUUCCGCGGUACGCCGCUUCUCUACUCUGACACCGAUGCUGUCGCCAAGCUUUUCCCACAACCCUCCCAACAGCAGACACGUCCUAGGUUCCCUCGCUGUGACUCGUGUGGCAGUGAGCGUGUCUUUGAGUUGCAGCUUGUUCCGCAUACCAUUGCAGUGCUGGAGGAUGGUCGAGAAGGGAUUGGUCUCGGUAAAGAUGAUGCUGGUAUGGAGUGGGGUACGAUCAUUCUGAGCGUGUGCGCCGCCGACUGUGGCACGUCUGAGGGGAGUCAGGUCGGAUGGAGAGAGGAGUGGGUGGGCGUGCAAUGGGAAGAAACGAAGUGA